UUCUCACAUGAUGGCAUUUCAGGAGCUUGUUGAGAUGGUGAAGGCAAAGAAGGCGGCUCAGGCUGCUGCAGUGGGAAAAAAGUGAGGAGCCAAACCCUGCUGUCUUCUUUCCUUUGUGUUGCCCUUUAGGUAGUGAGGAGAGACAGGUACCAGCAGGAGCAGUAGUGGUAACAACAGCAGGAUGGGGAGCUUCAGCAAGAUCCUGCCAUACUCCUGCUAUGAGCUCGGCCACUGCUGGAAACACUCGUGCUCCUCAGCCUCCUUUGAAAUCUGUAUCAUUGGGUUCAUUGAAAGCAUCAAAAUCUAUGGUGUGGUGUACUUGCUAACCGGUCUUGUGAAUGCUCGGAAAAUAAGUAUGAAGUAUGGAAAAAAAGCUCUUGAAGAACUACUUAACAUCAGUUUGUUUCCUGACAGUCAAUGCUUUUGGGUACAUUGGCUCCUACUGUGUUGUCAGAAGGUGGAAUUUGAGUCGGCCAAGCUUCAGAAAUGCAGGAAGGAUUAGCGGUGAUGACUGCAGGCUGCCAUCGACCCGCAGGUCAUCACAGGAAUCAAAUGCAGCAUCAGUAUGGCUCACCAAACACUUCCCCUCACACUGGUGGUGUUGACCUGCCUUGUGAACACCUGCCCUCCUGUGUUCCUGCCCUUAAUAGCCCUCCAGGUGACAUCAGAAUGUGGAUGAGGGGACAAGAGAGCCAGUGUUCCAAGUACCACCACCAUCACCACUGCCACCACCACCACCACCACCACCAUCAGGAGCACAGAUUCACUGAAGUCUCUACCAAGAUUUCUUUGAGUUUUUUGAUAAAUUUAACUUCCAGGAGAGAGAGAGAUGCUGAUUGUUAAAGGCAGUGUGUGAAGCCUGCCCACUGUCUUUGUAUAUACAGGUUAGGGUGUGUGUGUGUGUGUGUGUGUGUGUGUGUGUGUGUGUGUGUGUGUGUGUGUGUGUGUGUGUGUGUGUGUGUGUGAGUGUUUGUUUGUUUUGUAUCCUCCACACUGCUGGUCUUAAUCUAGCUUGCCAAACUAAAUGAAGUCAUCCACAGCCACAGCCUUAUUCUUCCUUUCAUUUGUAUCUACACAGUCCUAUGAGCAGCUCCUCCUCCUCCUCCUCCUCCUCCUCCUCCUCCUCCUCCUCCUCCUCCUCCUCCUCCUCCUCCUCCUCCUCCUCCUCCUCCUCCUCCUCCUUGUCUUCCUUCUAUUAUUCCUGUUUCCUUGUAUGUCUUAUUCCUCCUCCUCCUCCUCCUCCUCCUCCUCUUAAUGUUUUCUCUUUCACUGCUGUUCAUGAAAGUGUUGAAGAAAUAUUAGUUAUAUCUGGCAGUGAUCAGACCUCAUGUACAGAUGUGGUCCCUUACUACAGACACAGCCUAAGGUAACCUAACCCAAUCAUUUCAGAAGGUGGAAUUUGAGUCUCUCUCUCUCUCUCUCUCUCUCUCUCUCUCUCUCUCUCUCUCUCUCUCUCUCUCUCUCUCUCUCUCUCUCUCUCUCUCUCUCUCUCUCUCUCUCUCUCUCUCUCUCUCUCUCUCUCUCUCUCUCUCUCUCUCUCUCUCUCUCUCUCUCUCUCUCUCUCUCUCUCUCUCUCUCUCUGUUUGGAAUUAUACUGUAUAUUAAGAAAUAUCAUUAAAGAGUGUGUGUGUGUGUGUGUGUAAAAAGUGUUUGCAUUAUUGUGCAUUUGAUAUUAUAGCCCCAGGUUCUUAAAAUUUUCUGGUUUCAUGAUUUAUAAAGAUUGCUAUUUUUAAUAAAGUUAUUGAAAUUGUUA